ACUUUUACUUUGCUCACUAUAUUAAUAGUAAUAAAUAUUUAUUUUUAUUUAUUUAAUUUUAAAAAAAUCAAAAAAUAAUUUAUAUGUAAAUCUUUAAUUUAUUAUUAUAAUAAUAUUAUAAUAUUCCACAAAUUAUAUUUAGGCAUGACUUAACUAAUGUUCAUUAAAAUAGACUCAUUUUGAAGUGUAAAAUGUGUAAUUUUGCACCCUUGUGGUGUGACUCACUGAUCGGGAGUUGAAUACCCACUACAGCCAUCUGGAAUCAAUUCUCAGGUAGUAUCUUUGAGUCGAGUCUGUAGCACCGAACUUAUCUAGUGACUGGAGUGAAGUCGUAACAAGGUAGCCGUACUAGAAGGUGCGGCUGGAUCACCUCCUUUUCAGGGAGAGCUAAUGCUUGUUAGGUAUUUUGGUUUGACACUGCUUUACAUCCUCAAAAAAAGAAGGGAGCUACGUCUGAGUUAAACUUGGAGAUGGAAGUAUUCUUUCCUUUCUCGACGGUGAAGUAAGACCAAGCUCAUAAGCUUAUUAUCCUAGAUCGGAACAAGUUCCCUUCAAGUUUCUUAAAUUGGGUGGGAGGGACAACUUUUUUUUUAUUUCUUCUUUUUAAUUUUUUUCGUCCAAAUAACUUGUCUCAGUUAUAGAACAACUUUGAUAGUUGUUUGACAACUUUGUGAAGUUGUUCAACAACUGCGCACAUUGUUCAAUAAUUAGGCACAAUUGUUCGAUAACUAGACAUAAUUAUUUGACAACUGCAUGAAGUUGUUCAAUAACCACACGAAGUUGUUCAGACAACUAUCAAUUUAAUUUUUAUUUUUUUUUAUAAACUUACGGGAUUCACUUGUCCCCCUUUCUUAAUUGAAAACUUGGGAGGUCUUUCGACUCAUUUUUCUCAAUUCAAUUUUAUGAGCGUAUAAAUAGACAUUAUGUUAAGAGUUAUCAGUUGCAAAUUAAGACGAGAUGGCAGACGAAGUGAAGCUUUACAGGACAUGGUCAAGUCCAUUUGGUUUGAGGAUUGUUUGGGCGUUACACAUCAAAGGGAUUGAAUAUGACACUAUUUUUGAAGAUUUAAGCAACAAGAGCCCUGAACUCCUCCAGUAUAAUCCAGUUCACAAAAAGAUUCCAAUACUAGUACACAAGGGCAAACCAAUCUGUGAAUCACUGGUAAUACUUGAGUAUAUUGAUGAGACAUGGAAGGAAGUUCCUUUGCUACCUCAAGAUCCUUAUCAGAAAGCCAUGGCACGUUUUUGGGCUAAAUUUGGGGAAGACAAGCUUCUGCCAUCAGUAUGGAGUGUUUUCUCAGGAAAAGGAGUUGAGGAGAAAAAGGAAGCUCUUGUUCCAGCAGUCCAAAACUUACAACAUCUUGAAGAGCAAUUGAAAGACAACAAGUUUUUCGGAGGAGAAAAAAUAGGAUAUUUGGACAUUGAAUUUGGUUGGUUGCCAUAUCUCCUUGAUGUUUUUGAGGAAGUAAUUGACCUCAAGUUGUUUGAUGCAGCUAAGUUCCCUCUCUUGUCAGCAUGGAUGAAAAACUUCAACGAUCAUCCAGCAAUCAAACCACACUAUCCGCCACGAGACAAACUGGUAACCAAAUUCCAGCUACUUCAUGAAAAAUACCAGACAGGAAAUUAAAUGUUGCUAUUGAACUGUAGUUUAUGAAGUUGUUGCAGUGUGUCUUAUAGUUCAUGGAAAUAACAACAAACUGAUAGUUGAGCCGUUUGUAUGAUCAAGUACUUUUGGAUGCUUUUUGGACUAGUGCUUUGUUUGUUCAGUGUUUGUAGUUUCUUGUUUGUAGUGUUUUAAUGAUGUUUGUGGUCUCGAAUAGAUAAUUUAUAGUAUUACUCUA